AAAUAUGUAUUCAUGUUUUAAAUCAAAAAACUACUAAUCAGGAAUAAUAAAGGAAAUACAAAAUCGCAUUGUUUUUGGUUUAAUCCACCAACUUCCUAAAAUUAAACACUAUCUAAAGAUUUGCAUCGAUGCGUUUUUUAAGAUAAUGAUUUUAAUCACUGUCAGAUGUCAUUAUACUUAAUCCCACUAUGUUAUGUCACCACUGUGUCGCGAUCCCCCUGUGCUGGGUUUUUUUAAAUUUUAAUUCAUCUAUAGAAUUUUAAUACAUGAUUAGACACCUUUUUAUUAUUUAUGGAUAUAAUCCACUGAUUAAUUAAAUUUUGCUAACUAAUAAAUUUUAUGUUAAACGAUAAUGUUUUAGCUAUUCUAUUAGUAAUAUAUCGCAAUAAUUUUUUUAUCGAUUUAAAAAUAACAUCAUUAUACUCUUUUUUUUCUGGGGAAAUAAAAGUCAUUUAUCUUAGUUAAUAAUCGCAGAUCUAAAAUUACGCAGCGUACUUUAAUCAAACGAUUUCAAGAUAAGCUGUGGAACGGCUAAAAAUUAUUACUUUUAUUACCUGAACUACAACCAGUUGGUGGACAUGCAAUUCAUGUAGUUGUUAUCUUCAGUGAUUGUAUAGCAGUGUUAAACAUUAGCAGUAUUUUAAACAGAAUAUCGUAUUGAUUUUACAGUAUAGAUAUUAGAAUGCCCGUUGUAUAUGUAUAAAAAAAAAAUUUUGUUCGAAACUUGAGGAGUGCAGCAAGGAAAUUUGUUCUUAUACGUCUAAAGAUAAUUUAUUUAAAAAAUUAAAAUUUAUACAACUAUGUUAACAAGGCGCGCAAAAAGCUCAAAGUUAUUUAAAUGGAAAAAAUAUUAAAUUUAGAAAAUAUGGACAUCAGCCUCGAGGCAACCUGCUCAAAAAAUUUGGAACAAAUUGAUUUAGAAAAAAAUAAAAAUAAUGAAAAAAAUAUAAAUAAUGAAAAAAUUAUUCAAGAAAAAAACAAUCAAGAAAAAAUUGAGACAAAAUUAAUUAAAAAAAAAAAUAAUAAAAUAUACAAUCCAUACAAUAAAAGUAAUACACCUAAAAUAAUAGGAAAUGGAAAUAUAAUACAUAUAUACACACACACGAAAUCGGCUAAUUUUGGAAUAGUUAACCCCCCAAAAUUAAAAUGCUACCGGUGUGGAUUGAUGGGCCAUAUUGCUCGCGAUUGUAAAAAACCAAAACGAUGAUACACAUGUUUAAGAGAGGGACAUUGGGUGGCACAUGUCAAUAUUAAAUUUAAUUACAUUUUAACAUAUUUUUUAUUUUAUAAUAACAUUAUUUUAUAUUUUGUUUUUUGAAUUUUAUUAAUUUUCAUUUAUUUAAUCUUAUUGUUUAACAUAAUCAACACUUUUAUUGAUACAUCAUAUUCAUUUGGUUAAAAUGACAUUAUUCUUUUCAAUAAAUAUAAUUAAAUAAAUAACUUAGAAUUAUCUUUAACAAAUACAUAAUGUUUAAUUAUAUUAUAUUACACACGUUUCAGUUAUAAAUAAAUUAUUUGUCAUUUAAAAAUCAC